AUGGGGUGUGUAGUGGGGGGGGGUGUUGUGAAGGGGGGGUGGGUUGGUUUGUAUUGGAUUUGGGUGUUUUGGGGGUGGGUAUGUGAGGGGGGGGGGGUGGUUAUAAUAGGGAGUGAUAGUAGGGUUUGGGGGGGUGGGAUGGGGGGGUUUUUGUGUUUGGUGGGUGGGGGGGGGAGAGUGGUUACAAUGUCAAUGUUUGGGGAUAGGGUGUUGUGGUUGUUUGGAGGUCUUGGAUUGAGAAAAGGGGGAUUGGUUGUGGGUAUUGAGGGGGGUGUUGUAGAGUUGAGUAAUAUAAGUGGUGUGUGGGGGUAUGGUGAAGGGGUGGGGUGUUGGGGUGUGGGUGUGGUUGAAUUUCGAUGA